AUUUUAGUCCCCAUGCAUCUCUCUCUCUUUCUUCAUUUCAUUCCAUUCAUCAAAGCUGAUCAAAGAAAGUUAGAGUGAGAUAUCUGGAGAAUUCCGAUGGGGAUAUGCUGGAGUUCCGUCUCCUCCUCCAACAAUCAGACUCCCGGCACCACCGGUCGUCUUAGUUCAACAGUAUCACAGACGACAAGCAACACAACAACUUCCAAUGGAAGUAAUGUUUCUGGAAACAGCAAAUUCUCAGCUGCUAGUGGUGUUGAUGACUCGCAUCCAGAUGGCCAGUUCUUACCUGAUGCCAAUCUUAGGGUCUUCACUUACUUAGAGCUAAAGUCUGUCACUAGAAAUUUUAGGCCUGAUACAGUUCUAGGUGAAGGAGGUUUCGGAAAGGUUCACAAAGGCUGGCUUGAUGAGAAGUCUUCCUCAAAGAGUAGUACUGGGACAGUUGUUGCUGUUAAGAAAUUGAAUACAGAUGGUAUGCAAGGGUUUGAAGAGUGGAAGACUGAGGUGAAUUUCUUAGGAAGGAUUUCUCAUCCUAACCUUGUUAAACUGCUGGGAUACUGUUUGGAGGAAGAAAACCUACUCCUAGUCUACGAAUUUAUGCAGAAGGGCAGCUUGGAGAACCACUUAUUUGGGAGAGGUUCGUCUGUUCAGCCACUCCUAUGGGAAACACGCAUCAAGAUAUUGAUAGGUGCAGCUCGAGGCCUUGCAUUCUUGCAUUCAUUGAAAAAACAAGUCAUAUACCGAGAUUUUAAAGCGUCUAAUAUACUUCUAGAUGGGUCUUAUAAUGCCAAAAUAUCAGAUUUUGGUUUGGCAAAAUUGGGUCCUUCUGAGAGUCAAUCACAUGUAACUACAAGGGUUAUGGGAACACAAGGCUAUGCUGCACCAGAAUAUGUUGCCACAGGCCAUCUAUAUGUAAAGAGUGAUGUAUACGCUUUCGGUGUCGUACUAGUUGAGAUGCUAACUGGUUUACGAGCAUUAGACGAACGAAGACCAGGCGGAAAACAAAAACUUGUGGAUUGGAUAAAACCAUAUUUAUCCGAUAGAAGAAAGUUGAAGAACAUAAUGGAUUCUAGAUUGGAAGGAAGGUAUCCUUCAAAAUCUGCAGUACUUGUAGCUCAACUCGCUCUAACCUGUCUCGGUCCAGAACAAAAAACAAGACCGUCCAUGAAACAAGUCGUCGCAAAAUUGGAAGAGAUCGAGACAGGUAGCAUGAAACCGAUGAAUUCUCCUCCUCCAUCGAAGAACUCAACUCGCCAAACAACAACUCAGAGACAUGUCCGACCACCUUUGCAUCAUCGUUCGCCUCUUCACCCGAGACUAAAUUAAUCGAGCGAUCAAAUUCGUGUCGAAUGUGGGUUCAUCUUUCCACUAGGGUAACUGUCUUUUGUGGGUUUUGUCUAUAUGGUUGAUGGUUUUAGUUUUGUAUGUUGUUGUACUUUUGAAACAUGUGUAUGUGUAGUUUAUAAUUGAUUGUAAUGUGAUGAAUCUCUUAU